CUUCCCGCCUCUUGACUUGACAGAAGAGAACCUUUUGGGUUUUGGGCAUUUGUGAGAGAGAGAGAGAGAGAGGGUGAGAGAGAUGGAAGAGAAGAAGCCUCGACCUCCUCCACCUCUGAUAUCAUCGGCCUCGUUCAAGGGCGCGAACGUAUUCCUGUCGAGAAGCCUCGUCGCUCCCGAAACCUUCGACGCACUCCACGACGCACUCAAGAUCAAUGGGGCCCACGUCUUCCUCUGUUGCGAUCCUUCCCGAUCCGGUCCUUCCGAUUUCCACGUCAUCUCCUCUUCCAAUCACGAGAAGUUCGAGGAUCUCAGAUCCAAGGGCUGUAAUUUGCUCGGUCCUCAAUGUAUUUUUUCUUGUGCAAAAGAGCGUAGACUUUUGCCAAAGCAAGGUUACACUUGUUGCCUUGCGAUGGAUGGUGUUAAAGUACUUGCAUCUGGUUUCGAAAAGGAUGAAAAGGUUAAGAUUGAAAAACUAGUGACUGCAAUGGGUGGAGUGUUGCACACAAGGACAUCCCUGGAUGUUAGCUUCAUAAUUGUAAAGAAUGUUUUGGCUGCAAAGUAUAAGUGGGCUUUGAAUGUUCUUAAGAAGCCAAUUGUCACGAGUAGCUGGCUACAUCAAUGCUGGAAUGAGCAUCGGAUUGUGCCUCAUGAGCCGUAUAGGAUUCUUCCAUUUACUGGCUUGACCAUAUGUGCUACCAGAAUACCAGCAGAUGUGCGGAAGGAGAUGGAAAAGUUGGUCGUACAGAAUGGGGGCCAGUAUUCUGCAGAUCUUACCAAGAAGUGCACACAUUUAAUUUCUGAUGCUCCUGAAGGUGACAAAUUUCUUGUUGCCCGAAGAUGGGGUCACAUCAAUAUUGUUACUAAGAAAUGGUUUGAUCAAUCUAUUGCAAGAAGAGCUUGUCUAGAUGAGGAGUUCUAUCCUGUUCAUGGAACUUCAAUUUCUUCAAGUAAUGCUGUAAAAGGCGGUCUGAAGGGACAAUAUGGCCAAGAGAAGGGUGACACAACUUCGCAAUCUGUUCCGUCAGCUGUGAUUGCAGACACAGAAACUACACUGUCCCAGAAUACAUAUUCAGUGUUUUCUGAUGCUGCCAUGCCCACAAAAGAGGCAAGUGAGGCACCUAGCUUAGAGACCAGAGGUGAAAGAAAUUUUGAUGGCUGUGUUGCUGAUGACUCCCAAAGUGAAGAUAAUGACCUGUACUUGUCAGAUUGCAGAAUUUUGUUAGUUGGUUUUCAGGCUAAUGAAAUGCGCAAGUUAGUCACUAUGGUGCGUAAAGGCGGUGGCACUCGGCAUAUGUCAUUCAGUGAAAAGCUGACGCACAUAAUUGUAGGGAUACCUUCAGAGAUUGAAAGAAAAGAGGUCAGGCACUAUGCAUCUUGGGGUGUCAUUAAUGUGGUGAGGACCAUCUGGCUAGAAGACUGUGACAGAGAAAAGAGAGAAAUUCCUGUGUCCGAAAGGCAUAUUGUUUCUGAUUUACUUCUUGCAAAAGAUACUGGAAUUUCAGGAACAAGAGAAGGGAAAAACUUCGUUUCACCUUCCAGCAUGCCAACUCGCCAGGUACUGACUGAUAAAAACUCUGAAGCAGAAUUGUUAUUGGAGAAAAACAGAGAUACUGCAAGACAGGAAACAAACUUCAAAACGAACAACGUUGUUGAAACUGUUUCUAAACCUGACCGGCGAAGUCAAAUUUAUGCUGCAAAUGAGGAGUGUAGGAGUACACACAAAUUACAACAAGAUUCUGACAUCAUUGCUAGGGAUGUAAGAUCAUCAAAUAUUUUCAAGGGACAGUUAUUUCGCUUUUCAAGUUUAUUUCCUGAGGAUCGGAGAGCUGAAAUUGUCGAAUGGAUUAACGAAGGAGGAGGGUUGGUAGUGAAUGAUCAAGGGAAGCAGAAUGUGCACUUCACCAUUGCAUGUCAUGGUCUGAAACAGAGGCCUGCUGAUGCUUCUCAGUCUACAUCUGUUUCUAGUCACUGGAUUCGGUACUGUUUGGAGGAGGGCUGCAUGCCAGACGUUGGAAGUCACGUUCUCUACACACCGUUACCCUGCCGAGUUCCUUUCCCUGGGUUUGAAGGUUUUCGGUUCUGUGUCUCCCAGUAUGAAGAGAAAGAUCGGCUGUUACUAAGAAACCUAUGCUUUGUUAUUGGGGCAAAGUUCACAGAGAAGCUGAGUAAAAAGGUGACCCAUUUACUAUGUAAGUUCACCAGUGGCCCGAAGUAUGAGGCUGCUUGUAAAUGGGGAAUACAAUCAGUAACUGCUGAGUGGAUCAAUGAAUGUAUCAAGCAGGACACAGUAGUUGCUUUGGAUCCAUUUCGACCAAAGCCAGUAACAGCUCAAGACAGAGAGGCAGGAUUGUGCACCAUGAGUCAGUAUCCUACACAAGCAGCUCACAUGGUAUCUGGAGAUGCUCCUUCUCUGUUGCUGAGUGAAACCCAAGGCUUAAUGAAAAUACCAACACAGACUAAUGGGAUUAAAAGUAAUACUUUCAGAGAAGAGGAAAAACACUCACGUGUUUCAAGUAAAAGGGCAAGGCACUCAGAGGAUGACAGUUACAGGCAUUUACAUACUGUGGAAGUAUCAGUUGAUGAAGGUGUUAUAGCUGGCAAGACACUUUCCACCAAUAACACCGUAUCAGAAGAUCGUGGGGAAGCUUCUCAUGCUCUUCCUGAUGUAGCUGCUGCUAUUGAGGACCUGUUAGCACAAUCAAAUAAGAUUCAAGACAUGAUGUCACCAGAGAGGACUGGGUGUGAUCGUAGUGUACCGAUUUUCUCCCCUGAUCGCUCAAUUCUUGGUCAAGAUCAUGCAGAUUCUCGCUCCGACUUUGGUAUUUCAAAGCAUUGGUUAAACAGGACUGAGAAACAAGAUAGCUGUAGCAAGCCUUCUGGUCAUGACAGAAACCAAGGCACCUAUGAUGGUUUCAGUGAAACACAGUCGGACUCUCAGGUUGUGGGUUAUGAAGAGGAUUUGUCAGGCAGGCAAAUGAUAAUUGACAGAGUGCGAACGCGAAGCAUGACGUAAAUUGUUGGCAGAGAACUAAGAUGGGUUUAUAAAUGAUAAAAUAGCUGCAGAUGGUCCACAAGUUGAGCAUCUUCUGGAGUUUGAAAUCUAUGAAGGAAGCAAACUGGGGUGCGAGCUUGGAGCAAUUUACCAUGUUCCUUCAACUGCUGUAUUGGACUGUAAAACAUUUAUGGGAGCUUUUACCUGCUUCUGCACUGUAAUCUUUUUGAAAUAGUUGGAACAUCAGUUUCUGGUGCACUCGAUGCAGUCAUUUUCAUUUGAACUUCGAAUUUUUGCACUUGUGCUCAGAAACUCUGGCCUCGAAGAAUUGUGCCAACUGCCCCCAAGUGGGUAAAGGAGUAGGGUUGAUGUUGGAUGGGUGGUCAGCUGUAGAUCUUUUGUGAAGCUAAUGGGAAUUCCUGUUGUGUAUGAUUGGUGUAACCUGUUUGAAGUAUGAUUGGUAUGACAUGAUUUAUAAAGCUGAAUCAAAUUGCCAGAACUAUGUAUUUAUUUUAAUUUAAGUCUAUGGUGAUGCUUACCAUU